AGAGCAAUGUCACAUUCCGGAUACACAUGUGUUGAUGCACGUUAAGAAAUGUAAGAAUGAAUUGCUAGCAGUUAGGUAGAGGUGACAUGUAAGUUACAUGUGAUGUCGCCGCUAAAUAUUAUGUUAACGGUUUUAAUCAGAUUAAGGUAGAAUAAACUGGAGGACAGCGUCUCAGCAACUAACAGCCAUGUAUAAAAUCUCGAGACAAUUGUCUGCAUUGGUAAGAGGGGCUUGCCAGCAUUUUGCUUUCCCCGCGCAUACAGGAAGCUUUGCAGAGUGCGGAAAUGCCCACACAACACGUGCUGUGUGUUCCAGUGCAGUACGAUUGCAAGAGUCUGUAACGUUAGAUCAUAACACGAAUCCUUCUGAAAAGACGGAGUUCAGUGUCUAUCCUCCUAUGCCUGGCCAGGAGAGUUCAUUGAGAUGGGCAGGAAAGAAGUUUGAAGAGUUGCCAAUUGCACACAUUAAAGCCACGUACAAUAAUACUCAUGUCCAGGUCACAGACAGCAAGGGUCAAUACAUGGUCCGAACAUCCUGUGGUACAGAAGGAUUCAGAAAUGCCAAGAAAGGAACUCCCAUCGCUGCUCAAACUGCAGGCAUCUCAGCUGCAGUGAAGGCUCAGGCAAAGGGAGUGGCAUUUGUUCGCGUGUUGGUGAAAGGCCUGGGCCCUGGUAGGCUGUCUGCCAUUAAGGGGUUAACGAUGGGCGGAUUGGAGAUUGUGUCCAUCACUGACAACACCCCUGUACCCCACAACGGCUGCCGCCCACGCAAGGCUCGGAGAAUGUGAGGACAGACUUCCCCUCCAUACUGUGCGCUACGGGGACUCCGCAGCCUGCCUGUGAAUUCACCAAUAAAAUGUUCCUUUCUGUUUCGCAGCCUGUGCAUUCAGACAGCCUUUACAUUUCGUUGGGAAGUGAAGUGCAUCAGUGCUGUUUUCUUUUCUUUUGGGGUUGGGGAGGGGGCACCCCCACUUUCCCCUGCUUUUAGCGAGUUUGUAUGAUUCUCCUCAGAUACGCGAUGGCACCGGAGCCUGUCCCUUUGUACACCUUGUGUUUUAUUGGCGUAGCAUUUGGCAUUAAGGGGAUUUUAUUAUGUUUAGCUGUGAGGAUUCCGCUCAAUUGGUUUAUUUGGAGCGCUCACCCAAGUGAAUCAGUUCAAUUUCAAUUCAAUUUUGUUUGUUUAGUGCUUUUUACAGGAACAGGAAAUGGGAAUAUCAGGGGCGUAUCAUUGCUCUCUAACAGAGAGGUGCAUGUAGAUAAAUUCUAGUGCUGAUACAUUCUACGCAUGACACGUGGUUUAUCAGUUAAAAUCUGUAAUCCCUACUGACUGAUCCAGCUGUGGUAUGUGUCUUUUGCAACGAUACAUCAGAGAUUGCAGAGAUUGGAUGUUGACUGUAGCCAGUAGUCCUGUGGGGCACACACAAUUGGCCAUAGCAUCAUAUCAGCAGUAUUCUCCAUCUCAACGGCGCGUAGUGAUUUCUGCGGUCGAUCGGGUGUCUGUGCUGGACGUACUGCCCUUUAGCGCAGAAACUGCAGCUCACCUUGUGGAUUGCAGCCUGAUAAGAAGUGGUGGCUGGCUGCAUGCAUGCACUUAAAACAGUAUCACACUCUCCAAAAAACUAACUCAAUAUGAAAACUGCAUCAUACAUCUCGGGCAGCAAACAGAUUGCAUUUAACUACUAUAAAAAAUAAACAUUUCUCGUAUCUAAUUUCA